AUGACCUGGGCACGAGCAGUGUGGAUAGAAAAUGAUGUGGAAGAAGAAGGCGUUCUUCCAAAAGUCUGGAUUGAGGAUAAAACGGUGCGGUGGCCAACUGGAGUGAAUGUGAUGAGAGCAUUUACUCAACAAAAAAUACCUGAAGAUAACUGGGAAUCUUUUCCUUUGGUGAAAGUUAAAUUGACCUCAGGUUUGUGUGGCCAACAGUGAAAUAGGUGUUAUUAAUUUGUACAGUUUUAUUAAUAGUAUUUCAAUUCACACCAUACAUAUACGUGUAGGUUUUGGUCUAUGAAACACAAAUAGUGCUCAACAACAUAUAGUUAGAGCAAAUUAUAGAUUUCGCUCACGUCAAAACUAAUCUGCUAAUGUUUCAUCUGUGAAGGACUGUCUGAUGAAUAUUCACAGAUGAAACAGACUGUAGGCUUACCUCAAAACUAUAAAUAUCAUUAUAUAGAAGAUGUAAAGGCAUGCGAAGAAUAUGACUUCACAACUGGUGCCGAAGUAAGCGAUGAGGUAGAUGUGUCAACAAGUCGCAGUAAACGGAAACGUAGCGUCGCCGUCAGUAAGAAUUGUUCUUCAGGUUUGUCUACAUUAUAUAAAGUUAUUUCAGGAUUUGUGAAUUGUACGUUAAUAUUACACCAAAUAUAUAUUGUACAGUCUCGUAUUUUGAUUAGCUAUAAUUGUGAUAAAUAUGGACCACAUUUAUGUAUAAACCUGGAUGAACAUCGGAUAAUGAGUUGUAUUGUAGUUUACUGAGGUUACAUACAAUGUAUAUACCAUAUUUACUAUCAGUUAAAGUGUGACUAACACCUUUGACAAAUUUUUCUAUGUAUUAUUUGGGUUAUUUAAUGAAGAAAUGUCAAAUGUGUAUACUUUUUCACUCUCAAACUUUUGAAUAUGAGGUAAUUAUAUAAUUAGGGACUUGUUAAUUACCAUCACUAGACAAAAGAAAACUAAUUUGCAUUUUUCUUACAAUGACCUCAUAAUAAAAAGUUUGAGAGUAAAAAAGUCUAUCAAGAAGAACUUUUUUGUUAUAGAGCUUUAUUACAUUUCUUUAAAUGAUCCAAAUAAUACAUAGACUAAAAUUUGUCUAAGGUGUUAAAAUGUAACCUGCUUUUUUAACUAGGCAGCCUUCCACCAUUGCCGCGAUUUCGUCCAAGUCUUGCUCUACAGAAUGGCUUUGACGUAAUUGACAGUCUUACCAAAUCACUUGACAAGUCUAACUCCCCAGCCAAGGCCUCGCCCAGCUUGGAUUUCGAUAAUUUGGGACCGUCUUCUUCUGAGGAAUCUGAGCAUCUGAUCCAGACCCCCAAAAGAAGGAAGAGUCAACCAGGUAACAGUAGCAUUCGUACGCCUGGAUCCUCCCGAGUUGCACCAAAGAAAUCAAGAAAAGGUGUUGCAACGAGUGACAAAGAGCGCCCUUCAGCAUCUCCAUUCCCAAUGCCAGAAGCACGUAAGUAUAAUAAUGAAUAUAUAUUUUUUGUAUCAGGUGUUUAUUUUUCCUUAUUGUUACUUUUCUGCCCAUUAAGCAUGCACUGACUAUACAUAUUAACCGUGUGAGGUUUAAUUGUACGAUCCUGAAGUAAUAAAUAAUAUAUUAAUCAUAUUAUUAAACUGAACGACAAAAUAUAAAGCAAUUAAGUUAAACCUCGCUCUUGUAGCUUUUUAGUUUGUUUUUUUAAUUUUGUCAUAAUAGCUACUACAUCAUUUAACAAUUUCUUAACCAAGUAAUUGCUUAAUUAUUUAUUAGGGUUUCAAAUUAUUGUUUCAAAGUUUCAAAUCAAAUUAUUGUAAACAUUGAAUAAUAAAACAGCAAGAGUGCGAACUGGACUCGAAGUCCUAUAGUCCAGUGUGAAUUUCAAGCAAUUGACAUGUUUACUUUCUGUUUAUAUAGUACUGUAUGUUUGUAGUUUUAAAGGUAUAGUGCAUGUCUCACAUGGGACUUCGAGUCCAGUUCACACUCUUGCUGUUUGGUAUUAUUUAGUUCAAUAAUGUCCAUAUGUUUAAUAAUGUUUACUAUCCGUUAUUAUAAUUAGAAAUAUUCUUAUGAAAGUAUUAAUAGAGAAAAUACUUAAAUAGUUUUAACACUUGUCAACUACGGAAUUUGAUUACUUCCAUUUUAUCACAGGUUUUCAAAAAAGGGUACUUCAUCUCCUAACCGAAAUCCGAGACAGCUUGCAGCGAGUUGGAAAAACAUUUGAACCAGCAGAUUCCGCAUUUCAUUUGGAGCAAUUAAAAACUAAGGAAGAAUUUUGCAAGAUGGAAGAGCAUCUUCGUGAUGUGGAAAAAAAAGUAUUGUUUAAAAUAAUACAAUGCCGUUUUUUAGACGGCACCGAUCGUGAAGUGCUUAUACUGAUUGGUUCCAAUACCUACAUCUAA